AUGGACGAUGAACUACAAGACUGGGAUGACGAGACAGAAGAAUCUGUAGUAAAUGAGGAAGCUGGAACAACCACCGGAGGUACCGAAUCACCAGAGAUUUUACCUUACAUUGGGAUGAGAUUUGAUGACCUAAAUGCGGCCUACUCUCUCUAUAAUGAGUAUGAAAGGAAGAGAGGCUUUAUUGUUCGCAUACAUCGGAUGAAUUAUUCAAGGAAAAGGGAGUUAGAUGGAUUAAGACAGAUACUGUCAAAGAGGUUUGUUUGUUAUAAAAAAGGUUUCCGAAAUAUAAACUACAAGAAUCAGAAGGGCAACGAGGUGCGUCAUCGAGUAGAGGUCAGGGUUGGUUGUCCUACAUUUAUUAUGCUUAAGGCCGCUUCUAAUGGUUGGAUAGUUGAAAAGUUUGAGGCUAAACACAAUCACCUAUUGGUUGUUUCAGAACAAAUAUUCAGACUUGGAUCACACCAACAUUUAUUAGAUAAAGUGAAGUUGAUAAAUGGUAAUCUCCAGAAGAGUGGUUUGGGUCCUACACAAAUUAAUGAUGUUUUUGUGGAAAUCUUCAAUGGUCAAUGUAAUAUUGGUGCGUUUGAGGGGAAACUCAAAAGAUUUAUGAAGAGCAACGAAAGGAAGAUGUGUACGGAGGAUUGCCAAUUGGUUUUAGCAAAUUUUGACUCCAUCCGAGCCAAGGAACCUGGCUUUAUUUAUUCCAUUAAGUUAUCUGACAAUGGGAUGCUCAGUGGAAUUUUUUGGGUUGAUAGUAGAGUGAGGUCUUCUUAUCGAUUGUUUGGUGAUGUUGUGGUGUUUGAAACGACGUACAAGAAGAACAGAUAUCAGUGGCUAUUUGGGCCAUUCACUGGUGUUAACAACCAUAGGCAAUCUAUUUUAUUCGGUUGUGGUUUGAUUGCCAAUAAAACUAAGGAGUCAUUUGAGUGGUUGUUCAGAGCAUCGAUGAAUGCAAUGGGAGACAAGGAACCAAGUGCCAUUAUUACUGAUGAGUGCACUGGCAUUGUACCCAUUAUGUCAAGUGUUUUUCCCAAUGCAGUGCAUCGAUUUUACUUAUGGCACAUUGCAAAACAUGCCCAAGAACAUCUAGGUCAGUUAUGGUACAGAUGUCCCGAAUUUAAGCCGGAAUGGAACCAGUUCAUAUAUCAUACAUGGAUGGGAGAAUAUUUUCUUAAAAGAUGGAAAGCAAUGAUUGUGAAAUAUAACUUGAAGGACAACCGUUGGUUAAGCGAUAAGUAUGCCCAGAAGGACCAUUGGGUUCCAUGUUAUUUGAAGAAGCAUUUUUUUUGCGGGGAUGAGCUCCACACAACGAAGUGA